AUGGGUAGCUUAGUAUCUCUUGAUUUCUCCUACAAUGAGUUGGUGGGUGUUGUUCCUAACAACAAAGUUUUCAAAAAUGCUUCACCACAAGCAUUUAGGAAUAAUAAAGGGUUAUGUGGUGACCUUCAAGAAGCAACAACAAGAAAUCAUGGCAAUAUAUUUUCCAUAUGGAAUUUCAAAGGCCAGAUUGCUUAUGAGGACAUUAUUCAAGAAACCGAGAAUUUUGAUUCCAAAUACUGUAUUGGAACUGGAACUUUUGGGAAUGUUUACAAAGUAGUGCUACCUACUGGCCAUGUUGUAGCCUUGAAGAAGUUCCACCCAUUGGAAGGUGAGACAAUAGUUAAUGAUGAAAGCUUUGGGAAUGAGAUGCGCAUAUUAACAGAAAUAAGGCAUCGAAAUAUUGUCAAACUUUAUGGAUUUUGUUUCCAUCCACGAUGCAUGUUUCUUGUGUAUGAGUACAUGGAAAAAGGAAGCUUAGCACGGAUUUUGAGUAACCAAGCAGAGGCUAUUGGGUUGGAUUGGCUGAAAAGAGUAAAUGUCAUCAAAAGUGUGGCUAAUGCUUUGUCUUACUUGCAUAAUGAUUGUAUUCCACCAAUAAUUCAUCGGGAUAUUUCAAGCAAAAAUAUACUGCUAGACUUGGAACUCGAGGCUCGUGUAUCUGAUUUUGGCAUUGCAAGACUAUUAAAGCCAGACUCAUCUAAUUGGACGUCACUUAAAGGAACUCAUGGAUAUAUUGCUCCAGAGCUUGCCUACACUAUGGCUAUAAUUGAGAAGUUUGAUGUAUAUAGUUUCGGAGUACUAGCACUAGAAAAAAUUAUGGGAAGGCAUCCAGGGGAGCUCAUCUCAUCUUUAACGUCAAUAGUUGGCCAAAAGAUGCUGUUAAGGGAUAUGUUAGACCCAUGCCUAACAUCUCCAUCAGAUCAAAAGGUUGCAAAGGAUGUGAUUUCCAUUGUGAGAAUAGCACUUGCAUGUUUACGCAGUCACCCACAAUCCCCUCCAACUAUGUAUCAAGUAUUGGAAGAGCUACUUGUUCUUCGACCAUCAGUUGUGGAACAUUUUCAUACAAUUUCUAUAGGUGACCUAAAUGAUAUUGACGUGCAAUAAUUGUGAUUGAAUAUUCAUUUGACCUACAGGGGAUUGAGGCAAUUCAUUUGAGACUACACUCAAAAUUAAACAAUAGUUCCCAAGGUCAGCCUUCUAUUAAUUGCCUCAUCUUUUUUAAUCCAGUUUUCAAAACUAUAUAACCCUUUUGGGAUUUUGAUAGGGAUGGCAUGGCUAAAGUCCUCAUUGUAGACAAUACAGAUGGUCUUUAUUUCUUUGGAGGUGAUUCUUUUCUGAAAACAUUUUUUUUUUUUUAAGGUCAGCAAAGUAUAUGUAUUAAAAGUGAAGAAAGAAUACAGAAAAAAAAUCUAAAUCUUUUCUGAAAACAUUUGUAACUAUAGUUUCUCUAUUUUAAAAUGUACACUUAGCUUUCGUAGUUAUCGGCUUAUUUUAAUUUUACUAAAUGAGGUUUUUCUAAUGUCAAUUAAUUCACCUUGAUCCCUUUCUUAUUUUGGAAUUUAGAAGUGGCAGUUGAAGUUGAAGGAAGCCACAAAGGCUACUCUAUUAUUUCAGCCUCAUGUUGUAGUGACAAUUGACUCCAAGGGUUCUCUUUUCACCUCCUUAGACAAUUACGUGAUAGCAUUCUACCAAUUUUCUUUCAUAGUGACAUGGAGACUCAAUUUUUGAUAUUGUUAUAAAAUGAGGGAAUGUUAUGCCAUCUGAUUAUUCUGUUCCUUAUCUUAUGCUUUAGUUAUCUAGUCUAUCAGAGUUAUUUGAUGAAUGCUUUUAUGGAUAUAUAAGGAAUAUGAAGAAUUCAAAGUUCAGAUAAAUGGGUAGUUUUCAUGGCAAGAAGAUCCCCAAGGAGGGUUGAACUAUGAAAAAUGAAACACCAUGGCCAAAGAACAUUAUAUGGGAUCAUCCAGAUAAGGUGCAACUCUAUUUACAAUAGAAUGAUCCGAGUACCAUUAAUUGUAGGAGAGCUGUUCAAGACUAUGGAUUUCUGGUUGGUUGAUAUGUGUUAAAAUACUAUAGUUAACCUAGAAGGUAUACUUCAUGAGAAUGAAUUGUUUGGCUUAAUAUCCUUUUGUCAUGAUUUUAGUGCCUGGAUACGAAUCUAAUAUGUAGAAGAUUUGAGAAAUAGAUUUCUAACCUUAUAUUGUUUUUAUACACAAAAUAUGACAUCUUUAAUUAAAAUGUCUGCUUAUACAACAUUUUGCUUGAAACUGAACUACAUUUAAAGACGAGAAAAUGGUAAAAUAGUUGGGAUCCAUAUUGGUUCUUUUGUUUCUAAAUAUAUGAUUUGUACUACAGAUAUUUCUUAGACAAAAUGGUGUUCGCGAUACUGAAGGAAAUGAAUUUUCAUAUCUGAUUUAUGUUUCUCAAGAGAAGCCAUUGGAAUUUGAUCACCACAAAUACAUUGUGUGAUGAAAUGUCUACCAUAGGAAGAGUGUGAGACCAAUUGAGAUUGAGGUCUGUUAUGCUGAUUUUGUCCAACUUUUAAGUAUUUUCUUUAUCAUUUUUUCUUUAAUUUUGUAGAAAUGAUGAGUGUUCUUAGUGUAAAUGUCUUUUCAAAUUUACUCCCAUUCAUUUUUCUUUAAUAGACACCUUUAUCUAUUCUGUUACUUCUAAUCAGCCUUUCUUCCUUUUUUCCAGGUUUACAUGUUCAAGUAACAUAAUCUGCUAUUAUGUUACUUCUCUCUCUCUCUCUUAUAUAAGUAUAAGAUAGAUAAAGGUGGAAAUUAAAGAUCUUACCUCUCUAAUUUUCUUCGUUUCAUGUUUUAUGUCCAAAGCCGAGUCAGUUCCGCGAAUUUCAAUUUUCACGAGAAAUUCCCAUGAUAGAAGAAGGUUCUUUUGGGUGCUCUGUUUUGUACAAGAAUUGUGUUGUGACGGCAUGUGACAGUGAUAUUCUUAUCCAGUGAAGAUAAGAAGGUGAUAUUUUUUUCUUGUAUUUUUCAUUGACGGUAUUGAAGUGAGAGUGUUAUUGUUUUUGUGAUUCUACCUUAUUAUUUGGUGAGAUAUUUUGUUUUUUCAAGAGUGGGUUAGUGUCAUUGAUGCUUAUUGGUAGCCUCUAGUUUAUCUAGAGAGGAACAUUGUAAUCUCAUUAUUUACAUAGUGGAAGUUUGAUCUGGACUAAGUCCCGUGGUUUUUACCUCUCA